CUUGUUUUCUCUUACCAUCAUCCAUCUUACACACCUCUCUUCCACUCCAUUACACAAAAGCAAAAUGACAACUGCUCCACAUAUUGACCCUGCAAGCUUCCAGCACAAAUAUGCAAUGAUCUCAGGACAUCGAUACCACUACGUGGAGGAAGGCGAUCCCAAAGGUGAGCCUCUGCUCCUCGUUCAUGGAUUUCCGGAUCUUUGGUACGGUUGGCGUCAUCAGAUCAAGUUCCUAGCCAAACUAGGCUAUCGUGUCAUUGCUCCUGACUGUCUAGGUUAUGGUCAAACCGAUGCGCCAAUGGAGCUAGAAAAGUAUGGGAUGAAAACUGUGUGUGGUCACUUAGCAGGCCUUCUUGACGUGCUUAACAUCCCUAAAGUGACAAUUAUCGGACACGACUGGGGUGGAGCUAUUGUCUGGAGAUUUGGUCUCUACUAUCCCAACCGUCUUCAUGGUAUCAUUAGCAUUUGUACCCCGUUUAAUUCACCAAGAACUGAGUUUAUUCCACUCGAAGAUAUUGUGAAAAUAAUUCCAGAAUUCGAAUACCAACUUGCAUUUGCAGACCCAAACUCUGCUACAGUAUUCAAUAGUAUGAUUGACAAAUUUAUUGAAAACACUUGUAAGAUGGGAGCGAUGGGUCAAGAGGAUAUCGACUAUUAUUUUCAAGAGUAUAAACGCCAGGGAAUGCGUGGACCACUCAAUUAUUACAAGACAACACGUAUCAACUUUGAAGAUGAACUUGGACUCACCACCACCAAUAUCCACUUACCAUCCUGGAUCAUUCAAGCCAAGCACGACCCUUAUUUGAAGCCCCAUAUGGCCGCGAAAAUGAAAGAUACGGUUCCUAAUCUCAAGGCUGUGAUGAUCGAUGCUGGCCACUUUGUAAUGACCGAAAAACCAGACGAGGUCAACGCUGCCCUCAAAAACUGUUUGGAGGACUUGAGCAUGAGAAGGAAUAAGGCAUCUUUGUAGACCAAAAGACCACAAAAAAAAAAGAAGUAUUGGUGCCAAAAUAAAAUCAUGCGUAUUUGUCACAUGAAGGAAAC